AUGUUGUGGCCCACGAUAGUUUCCUUCGCGCUGGUCAGCUUGUGCCUGGCCAGAGUCUACCAGGCCACGAACCAGGAGUCCUUUACGAGCUGCCCCUCGAGCUUCAGCCAAGUGGGGGACAAGUGCCUGUUGGUGGGAGGUGGCUGGAAGAAUUGGUUCGAGGGCGACCGCUACUGCCGCACACUUAACGCCGGCAUGCUCAGUAUUCGGAACCAGACGGAGUUCAGCCUACUCAACAGCUUCCUGCCGGAGUUCGCCGCCUAUGAGCUGGAGCUCUGGACAUCCGGAAAUAGUCUGGGGGACGCUCAGACGAACUACUUCUGGCAGAGCACAGGCAAGGAGGCCACCUACCUUCCCUGGGCCACGGGAGAGCCCAAGAAGCCCAACGGUGAAUGCCUCAGUCUAACCGCCAACUUCAGCAUGGAAACGGGAGAGGUAGUGCUGGGCGAGCACCGCCUCACCGUCCGGAACUGCACUCUCUGGGGCACAGUCAUCUGCGAGACACAGGUGACGCAGUUCAAAACAGAGCUAUGCCUCAACCCGAAUGCGUUUCAUGAGGCCCAGAUCCCCGUUUAGACUUAAAUAAAGAAAU